UUGUCAUUUUACAGAUUGUGACAGCAAAAGCAGCAGAUCAACAAAACAAGAAGACAUUCAAUUCGAGACAAAUUGUUCAUUUUUUUAUAGGUGUGUCACUUACAAAAGAUAAUAGGUGACUGAUCCAACAUCAUGGCACUGUUCAAAGACCUCAACAAAAUGGUGAGCAGUGUCCUGAGUAACAUCCAAACCAUCAAUCCAUCCGCUCGCACCGUUCGGAAAGUGGAGCAUCCAGUGCAGAAAUAUUCCAACUGGCCGAUUGUCUCGAAUCUGGAAUACUUGCGACUGCUGAAUGAUGUGAAGGGAAAAAUGUACGAGUGUGUGCUGUUCUUGGAUCAAAACAAUCUAUUUGCAUUCAGUGUGUUCAGAUUGCCUGUGGGUGACGCAACCAUUUCUGAGUUCAGCAAGCUCUAUCAGACCCUGGCGCCAUUCUGCAACCAUUGCAGUCAAUACCUGACAGUAGAGAUUCUACAGAAACUCAUCAAUGGCUCACGUUCCAACCCUACAUGGUCCAGCGCUCAUAUCGCUGUGCAAGCUAAGUUCGACAAGUGCCUGUCAUCAAAACAAGUUAUAGAGCACAUAAAUAGUCAGGAGUGUGAUGCGAAGAGAACGCCUCUACAUCUAGCAGUGAAGUGGAAUGAUGUGUCUAUGGCCAAAGCUCUUGUUAUUUACGGAGCUAAACUGAAUAUCGCUGAUGCUGAGGGAGAAAGUGUAUUCCACUAUGCAGCCAGAUUAGUUGGGAAUGUGUCACCAAUGCUAGAGGUAUUGACUGAAGACACAAGUGACAUCAAUCGUUACAAUCUACGUGGUAUGACAGCUGUACAAGUAGCUUGUAAACUGGGCAAUCUGGAUACAGCUGCAGGGCUAGCUAACCUUGGAGCCUUGGUCAGUGUUACUGAUGUUAUGGGCCAUCCCAUACAUUACGCCUUCAAGUAUCAGAACUUGAAUGCUGCUGUAGCUUUCAUGAAAGCACCUGAUGCCCAGCUUUGCAGCAGCACCUGCGUCAAGUAUGGAGGAACAGCGCUGCAUUACGCCAAGUCAGCAAAGUUUGUUGACCUGGCUAUCAAACAUGGCAAACUGGACGUGAACGCAGAGAGCAAGACCGGUCACACCCCACUGCAUGUCAUGAUACAGAGGCAGAGACUAGAGUGUGCUAUGGCAAUAUUGUGUGCAGGGGCCAACGUUAAUGUUCGGGUACCAGGUGGGGAUACACCACUUCACGAUGCAGUCAGGAAAAACAACUUGGACAUGGUUCAUGCUUUGAUCGUCUUCGGAGCUGAUGUUAAUGCGGUAAACAUGAAGAAGGAAUCUCCACGCCACAUUGCCACAACUCCCAUAAUAUCCUCCCUUGGGAGCUACAUGGGUUCGACCAAUCAUAUCAUCAGCGCUCUACACCUGGUAGGCGCCAAGCGUUGCCCACCAGGCAUGCAGGGAUGUAGUGCUGGAUGUAAGGCUGGUGGGACGUACAACGGAAACCCUACCACUGCUAAUACUGAUUUCACUCAGUUAGAGAGCAAUAAAGCUUAUGAUGAAUUCCUGGCAAUAUGUAUCGGUUUGAUGGCCAGCAAGCAAGGUGUUUCCAUGGCAACAGAUGAGACAGAUAAUGCAUCAUCUUGCAGGCAGAGUGACAACGUCCUGUGCCUGGAUGGGGGAGGAAUUAGAGGACUUGUACUCAUCCAGAUAUUAAAUGCAAUAGAGGAAGCAGCUGGAAGGCCAAUAGCUGAUUUAUUUGACUGGAUAGCAGGCACUAGUACUGGAGGUAUAUUGGCCCUUGCACUGGCAGUAGGGUUUUCAGUGAAGGAGACUAGAGGUCUGUACUUUGGUUUGAAGAAUUCCGUCUUUUUCGGCAAUCGUCCCUACCCUUCUGAACCGCUAGAAACAUUUCUCAAACAACUCUUUGGUGAAGACACCAAGAUGGACACCAUCGUUAAACAUAAAGUUUUGGUCACAGCAACACUCGGGGACCGAACACCGCCACCUCUACACAUGUUUCGCAGCUACGAACCCCCGAAAUGCUCAUCGUCUGCUGCCCUCGUUUAUAACAAAGACACCUUUGAGUCACCACCGUUGUUCCAUGAGCAGCUGAUAUGGAAGGCAGCUCGCUGUAGUGGUGCCGCUCCUACCUACUUCCAACCAAUGGGACGAUUCUUAGAUGGAGGUUUAAUUGCUAAUAAUCCAACGCUGGAUGCAUUGACCGAGCUACAGGAGUAUAAUAUGGAUAAGAAAAUGAAGGGUGAACCAACUCGUGAUGUGGGCGUGGUUGUUUCGGUAGGUACGGGGUGUGUCCCAUGCAAACCAAUGAAGAGUACUGAGAUGGCCAGACCUAGCAGCAUGCUAGAUUUGUUUAAUGCUGCUAAGGCCAUCGCUGGAGCAGCUAACUUGGGAGAGAUUCUACUUGAUCAGUUAACCGAUGCUAGAGGGCGCACUCUGGAUCGUGCACGCUCCUGGUGUAAUAUGAUUGGUGCUCCCUUCUACCGCUUCAGUACGCCAAUGAGCGCAGACAUCCCAUUGGACGAAACCAAAGACAGCGUCUUACUCAAGAUGCUUUGGGAGACGGAAGUCUACUUACAUCAAAACAGAGAUAAGAUCACGCAACUUGGAGAACUCCUGAAAUCCCAGCUACAGUAAGAUUUACAUCAUACAUUUUUAUGAGCUCAUUUAAUACAUCUUGCAUAUUCAUGAGUUUAAGUUACACGUUUUUUGAGGCGUGUUGAGGCCUUGUGAUUAAGAGCACCGGAGUCGAGCUCUGGUAUUUCUGAUCAGCAGAGUGUGGAGUCGAGUUCCAGUCAUGACACAUGUGUCCAUGAUGCUUUGUCAUUCAGAUGGGACGUAAAGCCGUUGGUCUUGUGUGUUGUGCAAUGCACAUACAAGAAACCCAUUGCAAAGAGAAGGGGUUCGUCCCUCGGUGUUCCUGGUUUGAUUGGCUGCAUAUUGCGCCACAGCACCU